CUUACCCAUCGUUGUUAACCCCUCCUUUGCUUUUCUCUCAUUUUUUUCCUCUGUUGUUUUCUUUUCCUUGGGUGAGUGAGUAGGCUUUUCGUCGACGUCAGUUGGGGGCAAGCAUCGUUGAACGAGGCGUCGAGGUUCAAGGUCAGGUCCCGCCUUCAUUAGGAAUCUGUGGGGUUCAGGAGAUCUCGCGCCGACGCGACAAAAUCAACAAGAAACACGCGCGGGUGACGCGUGUCGACGAGGCGCACAUGGUCGCCGCAAGCUUAGGCGGUGCUGGCAUUGCCCCUCACGCAAGUGUUGCACAGCGUCCAAGCGCCCACGCAUCAUCCGAUGCCGCUGCUGUCAUAUCAGGUCUCGACCGAGACCACACCACCAAGUCCCCCAUGAGGCCCGACACACGUCCUAGUUCGCUCGCCACGACAGCCGUGUCAACCCCUGAGCGGCCCCGGCGGUACCUUCCUCCAGACACAGAGCUCCAAGGUGGCCAUUCGGGCGCUGUCCGCUUUCCCGUUAUGCUAGCGAAACUGGCUGUCUUCACCGAUGUGUUACUCUCCGGACUUGUCAUCCCCCUGAUCCCCUCAAUUCUCGAGAGCAGGACUGAGGUUCCUCAGCAACAGGUUCAGAUAUGGAUCGCUGUGCUUGUCUCAGCAUAUGGAGGGGGCUUCGCUGUGGCAUCUCCCUUGAUGCCUUUCUUUGCACAACAAGACCCGAUGUUGUAUGCCGUGCUGCUGUCCAGCCUUGCUGGUGUCGCAGGUGCCUUUGUGCUUCUACAGCUCUCGACUAACCUCCAUGUUCUGAUUUUUGCGCGGGCUCUCCACGGCUUCUCGGCGGCGGCAACUACUGGCGCCUGUUCGGCCAUGCUGGCUACGGCGGGAAGCGCCCGAGGCCGGAUAAGGUCCAUCACAGGGAUCUCGCCGGCCUUCAUUCAGAACGCCGCAAUGGCAGCAGGCCCCGCGAUCGCUGGCUUUCUGCACGAGUAUAUUGGCACCGAUGCCGUCUUCUACUGUGCCUACGCGCUCAUUGUUCUCACCGCCAUGACGAGCUUGAUCGCAGCCAACUCCGCCAGCAUCCGCCAAGCCGACAUGGCGGCUACACCUGAUGGACGGGCCCGGAAUUAUGGCACCUUGUCUUCCGGCGAACGGAGCAGGAGCCCGUCGCGAUCAAUUUCCCCAAGAACGCGCCUUCCAGCCAGGUCGAGUCAGAGAACUACUGGCAGUGUUACUCCCAUCCCUUGGAGCUUCCGCCUCCUUGUGGACUUUUCAGGGUAUCUUGCCGUGGGUCUACUUGCUUCUGCACUCCAGAGCGUGCUUCCGCUCUUUGCGGCCCGGCGCUACAACUGGUCCGUAUCGGCUAUCGGUUUUAUGUUCGUGCCGCUCUUCGCGCCAGCCACUUUUGUUGGCCUCGUUAGUGGAGCCUUGGCCAUACGGGUUCCAAGAUCAGCCCGGUUCUCCGCGGCCGUAGGCCUUGCAGCCUGUGUCCCGGCCUUGGUGUACUUAGGCCAGCUGACUCAGAGCACGGAGCUAGUCCGGCACGCGUUUCUGCUUACUCUUGGCGGAAUCUCCUUGGGAAUGGGCCUCUCUGGAGAACCGUUAGUUCAAGAGAUGGUGGAUGUCGUGGGGUUCGUCGGCAGCGAUUCCUGGGACACUGCAGCACAAGCUACAAGCCUUCCAAACGUUGCCUACGCUUGGGGUACCCUGGUUGGCCCUCUAUUUUCCGGUGCCACCAGCUGGCUAUGGGGCUGGAAGACGAUGACCAGCUCCCUAGCCAUUGUGGCCGCAUUCACCAGCGUCUUAGUACUCUUGUUCAUGCAAGGCUGGCUCGGAAGCCCGGACACAGAUAUCCGAAACCCUCGUGAUGAAAGCAGUUCAGAUGAAGAGUCGGCGCCAUUGUUGGCAAAUGAUCGUUCGAUCGGCAAUUCGUAUGGGUAUGCAGGGGAGCCUGGGUCAAGGAAGACGGCAGAGUUCUACACUCCAGGGGAUGAUUCAGACGAUACCUCUCUGGCUGCACAUAACGGUGGGGGUGGGAAGCAUCGCACCCACCGUCGACAUUUUAGCGUCGACAACUUUUCCAUCGCCACAACAGCGGCUUCGGACAGCGUGGAUUCGGUCACAUCGCAGGUGCGUUUCCAGGCAGCUCUGGAGACGCCCGUGCCCGGCUCGGGCCGGCGGCCGCGUAGCAGCGAUACAUCUGGCAGGCCAACCUCGGAGCGGCGGUAUGUCAUGAGAGAAGCACCUCAUGCUCCGGCUACGGAUCCCCUCCUGGCCGCGGGAAGUCUCUAUGUCAUUGAUGAGGAGCGCGAUGCUGGCGGCAAAGGCCCGGGUGUCGGCACAGAGAAACGGAAGCGGCGCGUUGUGGUGUUUGCCGAAGGUACGGCACCGCCCGAAGUGCUUGAGCGCCAUCGCCAUCAUGUCGUCGCUAUCAACGCGCUUGAUGGCACGGCGCGCAUGGUUUCCAAUCCUACCGAGAACCAUGCCGUGCAUGUCACGGAGGAGACUGGGGAGGACGUCCCUGGGUUCUCAGAGGCGACUUCUCGGCGCUAUGUUGUCGUGGUGGUAGAGGAAGACGGGGACUACGAGUCGAGAUGAAUGUCCUUGCUGGGCUAAGGCGAUAAAGGAGGUGGUGAAUACGCCUUGUCUGAUGAUGGUUUGACAUACUCUGCUUUGUGAGAUGAAAAUGUAUAAUGACAAUGGAACGAUGUAUACCCUGAUGACGUUACGUUGGCAGGACUAGAUGAGAUUUAGCUUGCGCUGCUAUCUACCGCUACCCUAAUUCAAACCUGAUCUUUCUAGCAAAAGAGCU